GGCAAGAUCUCUCGGCGUUUCGGUCAAGAUGGUCAACGGCAAAUUCGCUCUGGCGGCGGCGGUGCUGGGGGCGCUGCAGCUCAGCCUCUGCCUCGCCUCGCCCGUGGCACACUCCGUGAGCGCCGCCGCCGUGGCUGUCGCUUCGCCCGGGCAUGCCGUGGGCGUCGUGGCUCAUUCUCCACCUGGGCGUGCCGUGGGCGUCGUGGCUCAUUCCCCGCCUGGGCGUGCCGUGGGCGUCGUGGCUCAUUCUCCACCUGGGCGUGCUGUGGGCUUCGUAUCAGGCCCUUCGGGUAGAACCGGGGGCGUGAGAUACGUGACCUUCUCUCACGACGACGACGGCUUUGGCGAUGACGACGAUUUCAGGGGCGGCGUCAUCGUCUCGGGCGGCCAUAGAGUGUGGUGAUCGUCACCGGAAGACCUCCCGGGGGCGAACUUGGCGGCAGGCUGCCCUCCGGAGGAAACCGACGGCUGUGAUGCUCCGUAACUCUUAUUUCCUUUCAGCUAAACAUAUAUAAAUAAAAGAUGCAACAAAGUCGA